AUGUCCGGCCAAUUCGACCGACACCCGUUCCUACUCACUCCAAACGACGUGGCAGCUGCCCUCAAGACAGAUGUUGACAAAGGUUUGAACUCUGCGCAGAUUGCGCAGCUGCAGCAAGAACACCCUCGAAAUGAGCUCGACGUCGGGGGAGCAAUCCCCUGGUACACGAUCUUCAUCAAGCAACUCUUCAAUGCUAUGAUCUUAGUCCUCUUCUUUGCAACGAUUGUCAGCCUUGCGAUCAAGGAUUGGAUUGAGGGCGGUGUGCUUGCUGUGGUCAUCGUACUCAAUGUGUCAAUCGGCUUUUUACAAGAAUACAAGGCCGAGAAGAAGAUGGAUGCUCUUCGAGCUUUGUCUUCUCCUUCGGCAAGCGUUAUUCGCGAUGGAAAAGUCCAAGUCAUCGCCAAUCCUGAGGUAGUUCCUGGUGACAUUGUCAUUCUCAAAAUGGGCGAUACAGUACCUGCCGACUUGCGGAUGUUCGAAGCCAUGAAUCUCUCUUGUGAUGAACAGAGCUUGACAGGCGAGGCCCUCCCUGUAGAGAAGUCAAUCGAAAACGAUAUAACGGUUCCUGGUACCGAGAAGCUGGCUUCAGAAGAGGGUGAAGUUGGCAUCGGCGAUCGUGUAAACAUUGCGUACGCCACCACUGUUGUCCGGAAGGGCCGUGGCCGGGGUAUCGUGAUUGCGACAGGAAUGCAAACUGAGGUCGGCAAGAUUGCUGCCUCAACCACGAAAAGGACAAGAAAGCCAGGAAGGUCUAUGAAUUGGAAGAAGUACGGCAAAGCUGCUCCUCUCAAGGGAGGGUUCAAGCGAGUGUACGAUUUCUUCGGCAAGUUCUUGGGACUUACAGAGGGCACACCGCUCCAGAUCCGUUUGAGCAAGCUGGCCUAUGUACUGUUCUUCUGCGCAUUGCUUUUGGCCGUUAUUGUCUUCGCCGUCAACCGCUUCCGAAUGACCAACGAGGUCAUCAUCUACGCUAUCUCCACUGGAAUUGCCAUUAUCCCGGAAAGUCUAGUUGCUGUGUUAACGAUCACCAUGGUCGUCGCAACGACUGUCAUGCGCAAGGCUAAUGUCGUCGUCCGAGACCUGUCUGCUUUAGAAGCGCUUGGAGGUGUUACCAACAUUUGCUCCGACAAGACUGGAACUUUGACUCAAGGCGCCAUGAUAGUUCGGAAGGCUUGGCUGCCUUUCUCCAACGUCUACACCGUUCACGAUUCUGAAGAUCCCAAUGACCCAAGUAUUGGAAGGGUUACUCAUCGAACCGUCUCGCUCGAUGCGCCUGAGGAGCCGAAAAAGGAACGUGACUUCGACCAGGAACGAAGUGCGCCGGCGCUGAAAUUCGACGUGCCACAGGAGAAGCUUGAGCAGAACAAUAAGGACGAGACGAACGAGAAAGAGGCUGAAGCCGGCCCAGAUCUGCACGCCUUUCUGAUUGCAUCCUCUCUCUGCAAUCUCGCAACAGUGCGAUUUGACGAGCAGGAAUCUAAAUGGCAGACGACCGGGGAGCCGACUGAGAUUGCCCUCCAGGUGUUUUCUCAUCGCUUUGAAGUACGGAAGAAGGAGCUCGAAUCCAAAGGCUGGAAGCAAAUUGCUGAGUUUCCCUUUGACAGUAGCAUCAAGCGAAUGUCGGUGGUGUACAACGCACCCAAGGGCAAUCCUUAUAACGUGCCAUCCACGGGUAGUAUCAUUUACACCAAGGGUGCCGUCGAGCGUGUCCUUGAUCUUUGCUCGACCAUUGGUACGGGCGAUAUCCAAGAGCCACUCACAGAUGAGAUCAAGGACAAAGUGUUGACCCAGAUGGACAACCUCGCCUCGCAAGGACUGCGUGUUCUAGCCGUUGCUACCAAAGAAUGGAAUGGUCGUUUUGCCUCGGUUUCUAACCCUGAAGAAGCUGAAAAUGAUGAAGCACUACGGGCUCAAGUUGAGAGCAAGUUAACACUCCUCGGUCUUGCUGGCAUAUAUGAUCCCCCUCGGCGCGAGACUACACCCGCCAUCGGGGAAUGUGCCAGCGCAGGUAUCAAGGUGCACAUGCUCACUGGCGACCAUCCGUCUACAGCCAGGGCCAUCGCCAAAGAAGUUGGCAUUAUUCCGCGCAACCUGUCAAUCCUGCCCGCCGGUACUGCGGACUCGAUAGUGCUUAAAGCGACGGAUUUUGACAAACUGACCGAUGCCGAGAUUGACGCCUUGGAGGAGCUCCCACUGGUCAUAGCUCGCUGCGCCCCAGACACCAAGACACGCAUGAUUGAGGCACUUCGAAGACGCAAGGCUUUCAUGGCCAUGACGGGUGACGGUGUCAAUGACGCACCCUCUCUGGCCAAUGCGGACGUCGGCAUCGCGAUGGGCAGCGGCUCCGACGUCGCCAAGUCGGCGGCAAAGAUCGUGCUGACGGAUGACAAGUUCAACUCAAUUGUCGCGGCCAUCCGCGAGGGAAGGCGCAUGUUCGACAACAUCCAGAAGUUUAUCCUGCACCUGCUCACCUCCAACGUGGGCGAGGUCAUCCUCCUCAUCUGCGGUCUCGCCUUUCAAGAUGCUAGUGGUUUCUCUGUUUUCCCAAUCUCUCCACUCGAAAUCAUCUGGAUCAACAUGAUCACGUCCUCCUUCCCCGCCUUCGGACUGGGCCGUGAGAGAGCCGCUGCAGACGUGAUGAAGAAGCCUCCCCAUGCCAAAGGAAUCUUCACAAAGCAGAUCAUGGUAGACAUGGCCGUGUAUGGAUUUCUCAUGGGCGUCUGUACCCUCGCGACCUUUGUGAUUGUCAUUUACGGGGCCAAUGGCGGCAAUCUCGGUAUGGACUGCAACAGGACCUACUCAGAGGCGUGCCUGCCCGUCUUCCGGGCUCGAGCCGCCGUCUUUGCGGAGUUGACAUGGCUAAUCCUGCUGUCGGCAUGGGAGUUCAAACACCUAAGGAGGUCCAUGUUCGCUCUGAACCCAGAGCACCACGGCCCGUUCCAGUUCUUCAAGGACGUCUAUGAGAACCGAUUCCUCUUCUGGGCCGUGUCAAUCGGCAUGGUGUCCGUGUUCCUAACGGUCUACAUCCCCGUCGUGAGUACCGACUUUUUCAAGCACACGGGCAUCACUUGGGAGUGGGGCCUCGUGGUCGGGUUCACGGCGGUGUUUAUCGCAGGCAUGGAGACCUGGAAGGCGAUCAAGAGGGCGUUCCACCUCCUGGACGACCACGCGGUCGUGCACGGCGCGUUCUCGCAGGGCAGCGUCGAGGGCAGGAGGCUGAGCACUGCGCUCAGCUUCUCGAGUCUGAAGGGCUGGGCGAGCUUCGGGAAGAAGCACAACACGGGAGAGACCUCAUUCAACGGGCGGACCAAGUCUGCGGAGAAGGUUUCGACGAAUGUUUAG